AUGGAGGGUACGCGUGUUACUGAAUGCAGUCCAAGCGGUCUCUCUGAAGGUUCGAACCACAAACAACCGUCCAACAGCAGGGCUACGUCGGUACCUCGAGUCGGCAGGCUCGCAAAACCUGCAAGCAAGCCAGCGGAUCGCGCGCCUUCCCCACUGCACCAUGCUGCCGGCACCCCGCUCGACAGGUCCUCGGCGUCCAUCGACCUGCAGACGCCGACGACGAAGCCAUCACCGGGAGGAGCGGCAGAACGCCGAUCCUUCAAGGCGUCGCCGGCGUCCCGCGGGAGCACUACCGAUAAACAACAGCCGAGGACUGCGAGGACGUCAGAGCUGCAGUCGCAGCUGACGAUCGUGCAGGAGGAUCUCAGGAACGCGAGGGAACACCUGGCCUCCAUCGAGAAUGACCGGGCGCAGAUCCUCGAGGACCUGGCUGUCGCCAAGCGCCUCGCCGCCGACGCCCACGGGAAGCUGGAGGACUCGCUGCUCGCGCAGCGGCGGGCCGAGGAGGCGCUGGAGCUGGAGAGGUUCAAGUCCAUGGAGCGCGAGCAGUCCGCCAUCGACCUGGCGCAGAGGACGGAGGACGAGUGGCGGAGGAAGUACGACAGCGUCAGGAGGCGCCACGCCCAGGACGUCGCGUCGCUCAUCGCCACGGCCAGGGAGCUCGAGGCCGUCAGGGACGAGCUGGCGGCCACCGCGCAGGCCAAGGACUCGGCUCUGAACCAGGCGGACGAGCUGCAUGGGAUCGCCAACCGCAGCGCGAAGAAGGCGGAGGUCCUGACGGCCGAAGUGGCCCGGCUCAAGUCCCGCCUUGACACCGAGCUGGAGAACAAAGCCAGAGAAGCCGCGGAAACCAUCGAGAGGCUGGAGUCUGAAGCUUCCGCGCUGAGGGCGGAGCUCCGGAAGGCCAAGGAGUUCGAGGAGAAGCUCGCCAAAGCAGAACAGGCGGUGGAGGGGCUCAGGGUCGACGUCGCGUACGCCAGGAGGGCGGAAGCGGACGCCAGCCGGUCGGCGCAGGAAUGGAAGAGCAAGGCGGAGUCGUUGGAGACUCGCCUCGAAGCCGCCUCGCAGCUGAUCAAACGCAACGAGGAGUCGCUCGCGUCACUGACCAACAGCUUUGAGGACUGCACGUCCAUGCUCCAGGACAAGCAGUCACAGCUCGUCCAGCUCGAAGACAAGGUGGUAGCCUUGGAGAAGGAAGCGAGCGAGUACAAGGAACGGUUCCUCGAGACCAGCAGGCGACUCGACGUUGCAACAGAGGAGGCGUAUGAGCUACAUGCGGCCAUUGAUGGAUUGAGGUCCGAACACCAGCUGCUGCACGAGGCGCAUCAGCAAGCCGUCGGCGCCGAGAAGACAGCCAGCGCGCAGGUCGGCCACCUCACCGAAGACAAGAACAGGCUGCUCAAGGAGCUUGCCGACACCAGAGAAGAGAGGGACAAGGUGAAGAAGGCUAUUGAGGAUUUAGCGGCGGCGCUGCGUGAAGUGUCGUCGGAGGCAAGAGAGGCCAAGGAUAGGGUCCUCGCGAAACAAGCAGAGCUAGACGAUGCCCGGCUUCAGAUGUCAGAACUGAAGGCGGCGAUGAAGAAUGCAGAGGAAAGAUACCAGUUGAGGCUGGGUUCAGAGGCCAAGAUUUCGAAGGAUGAUUGGGUAUCUGGGUUUGUUGAUAUGCUCAAGAGAUCUGAUGAUGGAAUCAGCUCUAUCCAGCUGGAAAUGAACAGGCUGACGGAGUCACUGAGAGCUGCAGAGAACGAAGUGCAGGAGCUCAGGGCAGACAAGACCGAGCUGCUCAGUAAGCUGCAAGAAUUUGAAGUCCAGGCAACGAAUACUGAAGAACAAGCGAGGGCAGAGAGCUCGCACCUCAAAGACCUGCUGUCCUCCAAGGACAAGGAGCUGCUUGCUCUGAAUCAUGAACUCACCGAGCUGCGACUAAGAAAGAGCGCCGCACUGGAGAAAGCUAGCGAGGUCUCCAAGUUGCUCGGAGAGAUGACAGCGAGAAAAACCGAGGAAGAAAGCACCGACAAGUCCAAGGCCCUGCAAGCCAAGCUGGAAAUGGACGAAGUGCUGGAAUCACUGAAAGACGCUGAGGGCGAAGCGAAGGCUGCCAAAGAGGAGAAGGUGCAGCUGCAGAGCAAGCUGAGACUGCUCGAGUCCAAGAUCACCGAGGCCAACCUGACCUCGGAGGAGGCAAAGAUCAGCAGCCUGAGGUUGAAGGAGGCGCUAGAAGACAAGGAGCACCAGCUGGCGGGCAUUGUACAGGAGAACAGAGAGAUGCGGGCGAGAGAAGCGGCUGCUCACGUGAAGAUCGACGAGCUCGCCGUGCUGCUAGCAGAAGCCACGGCCAGGAAAGGAGGAGAGUCAUCGAAUGGGGCGGCGGCGGUCACCAGGAGCCCAGAGAAGCAGCCGAGCGUGCUCCUGAAGCUGAUCUGCUCGCCCAUGCAUCAUAACGUCCGAGACGACGAGAACAAUGGCGAGAUCAUCCAAAACCCAAAGGAGGAUAUCAAGCACGUUGAAGUGGAGACGGUCAGGCAGGUGAAGCAUGAGCAGAAAAUCAGUGUAUCAGCAGUGGACGCCAACUCUUUGGAGAACAGCAAGAUCAUAGAGGACGACCUGUCCAAAGAGAGGGACGAAGAUUCCGAGUCGAGUGACGAUGACGACGUUGAGUCACCGGGGGACGAUGCACUCGUGGAUCAGAUGAACGGACUGCUGAUCCAUGGCCCGACAUCGUCGUUCAACCAGGAUCAGCGCAUCGUCCAGAAGAAGAAGAGGGCUCUGCUCAAGAAAUUCGGGAGCCUACUGAAGAAGAAAGCUCACUUCACUAAGCUGAGCAGUCACUCUCACUCCUAG